ACAGGAAGAAGACCCUGGCCUCGGGAGCAGUGUGCACGGGCCGUGCAGUGCUCAAGGGCCAGCUGAGGAGGGAGCAGCGCCAACACCAAGGUGCAGAGGAUCCAGACCCGCUACACGCCGGAGGACCCCCGUUCCUGCAGCAAACCGGGUUUGACAUGCUGGAGUGGGAGCUGUCCGGGAUGCGGCAAAGUAUUAAUGCCACACGCCUCCUCUUUUCGCUGAACCGCCCCGUGGGGCGCAAGUUCAUUCCCUAAUUUAAUUCUUAGGACCACUGAGACGAUGCCCCUGUACACGAUCCUCUGUGGAGUAUUUCAUCUGUCAGUGGUGAUCCAGUCGGCAGCAGUCCAACAGGACACUGGAGUUAUAUUCGCCAGUGUUGGGGACAAUGUGACUCUACAUUGUUCGUAUGACAGCCAAGUAGCGAUGCACUUUUCCUGGUACCAACAAACCUUAGGAGGUGGACCUGAGCUCCUGUCCUCUGUUUAUAAGCACAAUCUGCCAUCCAAAGUCUUUCCCUGGAUGGAGAAGAACCCUCGCAUCUCUUUGGAAAGAAAGAAAGGGAUAAAUCAUUUACACAUCUCCGAUGUCCACUUAUCAGAUUCAGCUACAUAUUUCUGUGGAAGCUCACACUCCAACAUCAUGGAAUUUGGAAAGGGGGUCUUUCUAAGUGUCAAAGGAGCCAAACUCAAGGAAAUAGUCCAGUGGCCGGUAUCUGAGACCAUCCAGCCAGGAGGGUCUGUGACCUUCAACUGUACAGUACACACUGGGAGCUGUGGUGAAGAACACGGUGUUUACUGGUUCAAACAUGGGUCUCGACAAGGAAUCCUUCACCCGCUCGGGGAUGGGUGGAAACACGUCUCUGCACCAGGGUCCCCCUCACAGAGCUGUGUCUACCAUUUGCAGAAGAUGAACCUGAGCUCGUCUGAUGCCGGAACCUACUACUGUGCUGUGGCUUCCUGCGGGGAGAUACUGUUCGGGGAUGGAAGCAAGCUGCUCGUCCAAGGUGCUGCUGAAGACCAGAUGAGAAUCUUGGUCUGGCUCUCUAUCAUUAGAACUGGGGUUCUCUUGUUGUUUGUAACCACUUGUCACUUGUUUUACAUCAACAAGAGCAGGUGAAGUCCUCAAUGCAGAGUUUGGCUCUCUGAGAUCAAAAUGUUCGUUUAGCUCAGAGUCUCUGUUACAGUUAAAUGACAUGUUAUCACAGAAAAGUUAUCACAAAUUACACAAGAUGAACACCAAUGUUAGAUACACAUUAUUUAGUUGUUUGACUGUAUUACACUUUCAUUAAUAAAAAAACAUUUGACAAA